AUGGUGUGACUUCAUUAUCUCAAAUAAUGAGAUUUCAAGAGUAUAAGACAGAGCAAAAAGGAAGUUAUAAAAGGAAGUAUAAUAGGAAAAAUUCAAGGUCUAAUGGGAAGAAUCAUGCAAGAGAAAAGCUUUAAUUCCAGCAGUAACUGGAAUUCUGCCGUGAAGGUCAAUAGCUUGAUUUAGUUCUAAAGAAGAGCUUUUAGAACGUCCCCUGAAGAACUCAAGUCUAAUAAGAGGCCCAAAGAUUGGGUGUUUUUGAUAAACACAGUGGCUGGGAGUUAUUACUCUGCCUGAGAAUAGAAGAAUAAAGUUAUUUUCUCUGCCCGAGAAAAUAACCAGGAAAAAUCUUACCAGUAACUGUAUUUCAGUAAUUUGCUAUAAUACACCAAAUAUGGCAGCAGCCAGAAUCUGUCCACCCACAGUAAAAAUCUCUAUAUUGUAUUUUAUUAUUAUAUAGUGAUGGGACCUUAAAUCAUGUAACACUAACAGCUUGACAAAGAAAAUCCAUGUUUGGACAAUUCCCCCAUCUUUUUCAGCGACUUCUAGUGUUAUCAUGUGAAACAAAGAAACCUACACAGGAUUUGGUCCAGAAAGAAAUGAAUUUUGUUACCAUCCAUUAAUUAUUUUUCUUAGUAUCUGGUAAGUCCCUGUGAAUAAAUCACCCUUAGAUUCCACAGCUGUGAGAGAGCAGGUAACAACUGCGCUCACUUAUGCCAUGAAUUAAAUUACAGCACUUCUCUGAAAGUUAAACUAUGCAGAUUUCUACUGCUGUAUGGGGAUGGGAGGGAGGAGCAGGACAGCAGUACUGCAGAAUGGAUUGCCUUUACAGAAGGUACUGUUAUAUACUGUUUGCUAGUGCAACUUUUCAAUGUUCCUUUUGGAGAAGGAUUGAGGAAUGUAUUUUCCAUGGAGGAUAGUCAACAACCAGUUAACUUUUUUUUUUUUAACAGGUUAAGUUUGAUUGAACCAGGGCCAGUCAUUACGGAGUUUGAAAGAAAAGUGUUUGAAGAUGGAAUGAAAAUGGAUCUUUCAGCUGCAGAUGAAGAAACAGCUGAAAUGUUUACUAAUAUUUACCUUAAAAAUUACAAACAAAUUUUCCAGAGCCUAGGACAAAGUGCUGAAGAUGUUGCAGAGCACACAGUAAAGAUAAUUCUUGCAGAAAAUCCACCUUUUCGCCAUCAGACCAACACCUUGUAUACUCCAAUGACAACUCUGAAGUAUGCAGAUCCAAAUGGAGAUCUACCCAUUGACAUAUUCUACAAAAUGGUUUUUCAGCAUGACAAAAUCUUCAGUGCAAGUCUCAACUUCAUCAAAUUGCUACGGUGGAGAAGCAGAAAGAGCUUUGACCUGGGAAAGCCCUCACAAUAAUUAUGAGAUUAUACUGUGCAAAUUGGAAUUACUUCUUGUAGCUACUGAUGACACAGUAUGUUGUUAUUCAAAUGUCUUUGGUCUGCAAUUAUGAAAAGGCAUGCAAGAUAUUUGAGCUCAGCUAAGAUAUUAAUUUCAAUAUGUAUCUCUUGAAUGUUACAGUUUGCAGAACCUUGGAACUAAAAUUCUCUAACUAUAGUUUUAUUCUGUUUAGUGUUUGCUUUUUCCAGAGAUGUAUUCUUAGGAACAUGAACACUGACUGAUACUGGUGUAUUCAGUAUUAACCUGACCUCCUUUACUUACUUGGAUAUAAUUCACACUGAGAGGUGUACAGUAUGCAAACUAUUUAGAUUCUUAAUAUAAUAAAAAUAUGUUUUUACUUGUUAGGAUAGAAUCAGUAAAGUAAUCCCUCAAUCACACACUGGCAUUCUCAUUUCCAGAAGUCAGAUCUAGUUAUCAGCAACAUAAGAGAAAGUCUCAUCAAUCUUAAAAUAUAACAAGUAGAAUAUUUAUUAUUCAUAUAUACUUAUUAUAAUAUUUGGAAUGCUUCCUUUAUAUGAAAUGGUUACUAGCAUAUUGCACUUAGUGAACAAUAAAAUAUUUUUUUAAAGCAUCUUAAAAUACCUUCUUACUG